UUUCUAAUUUUGAUUUAAUUUUAAGGUUUAAAAGCUAUGAAAUGUCUUGCUUAUGAUUUACGAAACGUUAAAAACAGUGAUAACAGAGAAUUUUUAAUCAAACGAGUUAAAAAGAUUGUGUUGAUUUGGUUUUGUGUCUAUUUAGCGAUUGCUGUUCCAUUAUGGUGCGAAAAAGGUUGGUGUUGUUGUUGCUUCUUUUGUAACUGUUGUAAACCGCAAAAACGUAUCGACAAGAUUAAGAAAUUUCUUGUGGAAAAUCCCGUGGGCGUUUUGAAAACUCCUAAGGGUGUAAUUAGGAAAUUUAAACCGACACCUUACGAGAAAUAUACUCAAAAGAAAUUAGAACAAGCCAUAAUGAAAUUAUAAAUAGAAAUAAAUGGGACCAAUUUUCAC